CCAGAGCGAGAGAACCCAACCUGCAGUCCAAACCCAACCUGCAGUCCAAACCCAACCUGCUCCACUGUGCGGGUAACCGACCGGUGGACGCCUCACCUACCUCACCGCUGGCCAGAACAAUGAUAAGGCUGUGCUCGUUAAUGCUUCCACUAGCGCUUUUGGCUAUUCACGGCUGCGCGGAUGAAGCGUGGAGCGCUCGCACACAGCAGAUACAUCAUCACCAGCAGCAGGCGGCCACGUCCGCCAAACUCCCACAAGGUCUCGCCGCCGCUGGCGGUCACCGCGCGCUUCAGGCUUCUUCCUUUGUGUUCCUUGAGUCAGCGCCCUUGUGCGGCAGCAGCUACGGCAGCCCCACGCUUCAGUUCCAGAGCACCACCGCGUUCCAGCAGUACGGAGCCGCGCUGGGGCUGGAGGUCACGUCGGAGAACGCGCAGACCAACUCCGCCGACGUCAAGAAGUAUGAGGCGAUCUACGGUAUUGCCGGUAUCCACAGCAACUACCCAGCGCCACCCGGCGUGAGGAGCACCAUGGUCCUGGGCAGCCCCGCGAAUGGUCGCACGGCCUUCAUCCAGACCGAGGGCAACAGCGCUGCCUCGGGCGUUCAGGUCCGCACCAUUGAGGUGUGCUGCACACCCGCCAACUAUGUGGGAGCGCUCAACAUCAUCUUCUCUGACAACUCGCGCAAAAAGUUGGGCUCUCAGCAGUGCAACAAGACCACCAUCACAGCGGGGGCGCCGCUGGGCGGCGUACUUGCAUCCUUCAAGGUGUGGACGGGCACGCAACCAGCUCCCGGCAAGACGAACGGCGGCUCGGGCUUGGCCGUAGCCAAGCUUGUUGCGGUGUGGGCGGUGCCGGGCGCAACCCAGUCGCCACCCUCCCCCUCGCCGCCCAGCCCCAAGCCACCAUCGCCUGGCCCACCCUCGCCGGAGCCCCCAUCACCGGCACCACCCUCCCCUGCGCCGCCCAGCCCGCAGCCGCCUUCACCUGCGCCGCCUUCCCCGGCACCGCCCAGCCCACAGCCACCCAGUCCCCAGCCUCCUUCUCCUAACCCACCUUCCCCGGCGCCACCCAGCCCACAGCCGCCAUCACCGGCACCACCCAGCCCACAGCCCCCGUCACCGGAGCCUCCAUCACCGUCACCGCCCUCGCCGGCACCUCCCAGCCCCAGGCCUCCCUCACCUGACCCGCCCUCACCGGCGCCACCCAACCCCAAGCCGCCCAGCCCGGCGCCCCCGACGCCGCCUUCACCCGAGCCGCCCAGCCCACUACCUCCUUCUCCUGAACCUCCCUCCCCGCCGGUACCUCCGAUGCCGCCCUCCAUCCUCUCCGCCCAAGUCAACACGACAGGAUUCUUCUUUGAAGACGCAUCAUAUAUCAACCCUGCGGUGACGCAGAUGCCUAUCCAGCGCACACUAGCCACAGUGGUGCUGGCGCAGCGCUGCUUUUCGCUGGCAUCUCUUCCCUCAGCCCACAACGUUUUGUACGGCACACGCUACGGCGACGGCCGAGUGGUCGGCACAGCCGCCAAGUCCAUCACCGACCUGUGUUGCAAGGCAGGCUCCGACCCCGGUACGGACAGCCUGCUGCUGCGCCAGGCGCUGUGGGCCGCGUCGUACGGCACCAAGCUGGGUGGCGCCAAGGUGCGCGUGUCGGACCCCAAGUUUCAGCCCUUCGCGGAGUGGCUAGUGGCCACGUCCGCGACAUUGACGGGCGGCGACAAGAACGCGCUGAAGGCUCCCCCCAACGGCAAUGGCAACAACCCCGAGUGGUAUCUGCCAAUAGAUGUCUUCACCUCUCAGUACAACGACCCUCGGUUCAACAAGCCUGGCAGCUUUGUCGUGGAUUUGUACAUCAUCGGGCCGGACAACGCCCUGUACGGCGACUACGAGGUCAAUCGCACCGUACACUCGUACGUGUACAACAGCUCACGUGGUCUGUUUGUGAUCGGCCCAGACCAGUCGUACUACGACGCCCUGUGGAGCACCGCUGCAUGGGCCAGCAACAACCAGACGGGCACGGUAGUGCGCCGCCACCGCCGCCAGCUGUCAGAGGGAGGAAGCGCAGCUGCCCCUGUUCCGGCAGUGGCAGCAGCUACAUACGAAGAGGCAGCCGCGGCUCUUGAGGAGCUGCGGCUCAGUUCGGGGCUGCUGGAGGCGUACGGGGAUGACUACUGGGGCGCGUCAGCUGCGCAUGCUGACCUCACCGGAUUCCGGACCCUAGAGGAGCUCACUCGGCGCUACACCCAGCAGCAGGCUCGCCGGCGUCUGCAGACCUACACCGUCAACACGCUGCUGGGCCCCAUGGGCAUCACCUAUUCAUCGACGCCCCUGCCGGCGAUCAGCACCAUCACCGUCUCUUCAACAACGCUCACAAACUGCCAGCAGGCCUCCAUCAUGUACAUUUACUACCUCCAGGGCAAGAUCGCACUGGGUCCCGCAGACCUGAACCUCGCUGUGAAGACAAUUUCCAUCGCCCGCGGCAGCUACUCGCUGAGUGACCCUUGGGCCUCUCAGUACUUCUGGCCGUACCAGGACGACAUCCAGUUCUACGGCGGCGUCAUUCCCAACCAGCCGCCGCCCAGCCCGCCUCCGCCGCCGCCUAGCACCCUGAAGCCGCCACCUCCUGGAACUAGUAAGCGUUGGGAUGGAGGGACAGGGCCAGUGGGAUCGCCGCCAGCAGGGCAGUAAAAUUUUGUGCCUCGUGACGACUCCGUCUGUGCAACAGUUCAGUUGUUCGGGCCCCGCACGCAGCAACCAGCACAACCGCGCUCAGCUACGUCAACUGCUUCAAGGACAACGCCAACGCUCGCGCGCUGCCGUACCGCCUUGGCGGCUCGGCGACAAUGAGCAACGCGAUGUGUAACGGUGCGUUAGU